GCCGGGCCCGCCGCCAUGUCACCCCGGGGUCGCCGCGCCAUGAGCCGUGCGUGCGCCCGGCUGCUGCCCCGCGUCUGUGCCGCUCUGGCCGACCCGCGGCAGCCCGGCUCCGAUGACACCUGCCUGGAGAAAAUGCUCGAUUGGUUCCGGGAGCUGAGGGAGGCCGGUGAGUGCCCGCCGCGCCGGUGGACGGCCGGGGUCGGUCUGAGCGGGUGAGGGAGAGCUCACCUUGAGGGCUGCGCCGGGGGUUGGGCUUCAGAGCCCACCGUGAAGCUGCUGCGUGACAACCCCUGUCUGACAGAGUUCUUCACCGCCGUGCUGGCGCUGCCGGAGCCGGAGCCGAACGUCCUCUCCUUCACGCUGCGGUUGGCUGGGAUAGUCGCAGCUGUGGAAGACAGCUUCAUGCACCUGCAGCAGCUGGAGCUGUUGGCCAGGCUCUUUGGUGAGGAUGGGCCUCUGAACAGCGCAGCUUGGGAAGAUGCAUCUGUGCGAAGUGGCUGGGUGGAGGGCGUGCACAGCAUGGUGCAGCACCAGUCUGCCCUCCACUUCAUCUGCAGUGGUGGAGGCAUAGAUGUGAUCUUCACUCUGCAAGGGGAUCCCAGCCUGUUUGUGGCUUCAGCUGCCUGUCGACUUCUGGUGCACUUGCUCACCCUCUCUGUAGGGUCUGAACUGACUGUACCUCUCAACGCAAAGGACUGCGACUGGCCAGCAUGUGCCCACAUGAUUAUAAGGCAUAUAGAAGAGUCUCUUCAAUCCAACUCUGCCUCUCACAUCAAGCAGUCAUUAAAACUGUUAACUAGUCUGUUUGGCAGUUGUCAAGCUCCUUGGACUAAAGUGCUUUGGUUAGGCAUGGCAAAGCAAGUAGAAUCCUUCUUGACAGAAGAUUCUGUUCAAGCACAGCACAUACUGGCGGAUCUUCUUCUAAACAUGGCAAGGUCUCCUGUGUUUCAUGACACUGAAGGCAGUUUUUGGGCAUUAGUGACAUCUGCUCUGGAACACUUAACCCCAGUACAAUCAAGUCCUUUGGCAGUGGGAAUUCUGAGACUCCACCGAUGCCCACAAGUUGUGAGGAUUAAAGCACUGACUGUUCUCCUACAACCAAUGGACUGUAUUUUGAGAGCAGCCUUCCAGCCUCUGGAAUAUGCAGGUUUGCUGGAUGAGUCGGUUAGUGAUCCCUCUGCUGUUGAAAGCCUUCUGUCCUCCAAGUCAUCUUGUGCUAGUCUUCUGUGUCAGACUCUUGCUCAUCUGGAGGAGCUGCUCUCUGUGGUUUUUUUGCCCGUGAAUUUACCCUAUGCAUCUUUGCUACGUUCUGUCGUGACAAUAUUACAGUUCUGUAAUGGCCUCCUGAUUCCAGCUUCUCCUCUGGGAAGCAAGAUUAGCCAAAUCUUGGUAGGUUGCUUCCGAGUGCAGAAGUCAGCUCUUGAUGCCCUUGCAGCACUUUCUGACCGGAAAUGCUCUGACACAGUUGUGGGAAGUUUAUUUGACGUCCUUCUGGCAUACCUGGAGAGUCCGAACACUACUCCGACUGUUCUGAAAAAAUCAUUUAAAGCUAUGUCCAAGUGGUUGAUGAGUUUGCCAGGAAUGUCCUUCUUCAAAAAUCAGCAACAAACUGAGAAGACUUUGCAAGAUGUAUUUCUGGUGCUGCAGAAGCGUUUGUGCAGUCCUUGUUGGGAAGUACGAGAUUCUUCUCUGGAGUUCCUCACCAACUUGAUUAGAAACCUGAGAGACCAUGAUGAGUUCAGGCAGUCUCUCCUAUCUUCAGAGGUGCCAAAGCUUACAGAAAAUCUUCUUGAGGAUCCAGAGAGCUAUGUGCGAGCGAGCGCUGUGACUGCUAUGGGACACCUGGCCUUCAUUACUUACUUCUUCGUUCCAGAGUCACCCGUUGCAGGGAAUCAAUAUAAUAAAGAGAAAACUGUGGCAAAGCUUCAAGAAAUCUUGUCCACAGACCCAGAGGGCUUUCCUAGGAGAGCUGUGAUGAACGUCUUCACCAUGUGGCUGAAAGAGAGCUGCACAGGUCAACUGGAAGAGACAGAGCAGUUUGUCUCUACAGUCGUCCAGACCACAGCGCAUGACUUAGACUGGGAAGUUAAACUUGGUUGUUUGGAACUGGUUCAAAUUUUCUGUAACCAUAUGUUUUGCAGAUUUGGCCUUCCUGAAUGCCCUUAUGCUCCUAUCUCAUCUGCAGUCACUAGUUCCAUUUGUCAGAAUGAGCCACUGCAGAUAUUUUGCCGAGCAAACCUGUUCAGCUUCUUGUUUCGGUCUUUGUGUGACUGUGACAAGCCAGUGGGUCAGAAAGCCUGUGAUAUACUGCUUGCCUUAAAAUCUCAUUUCUGUCAGAGUAGCACCACAGAUUUACAAGGGCCUGGAGACUUAUCUGCAGGACAUGGCAUUCAUUGGUUACAAGGGACACUAAGGCAGGGUUCUCUGGUCCAGAACUUCCCCACAGAUGAUGGUAAUGGAGUAGACUUUCAAGAUCCAGAGAGCAUGAUGUUAGCUUUGAGAACAAUAGACUUAGUGGAACUACACAACGACCUAAAUAAAUGUAGUGACUAUGUGGAGAAAAGCCCCCAGUCCCUCUUAGAGGACAUCCUUGCUACUGUGGGGACUGCAGAGGAGAAUGAAGCCGACUGCUACUAAAUACAUCUUUUGCUUUGCGGGAAUGGUACUUACACAGGUUUCUUGUGAAGAGAAUUUUUGCUGCCAAAGUCUUUUGUGAGAGGAGAUAGUAGGAAGUGUUACUCUGAACAGAAAAAAAAGGAAUAGUUUUGUUAGCUGUUAAAGGUAUUAGAAAAAUCUUUGCUUUAACACUGAUGUUUUUUCUUGUUUUUAAGUAUAUUUCCUGAUAAACUGAUCUGCCUGUUUUAUUUUUUUUAAGUAAAUAAAGAAAUGCAUUUCUUCUGUU